AUGCGUCGCGUGGCUUCAUUCGCAGGCACGAUUCCGUUGGUAUCGCUAGUAAAGGGAGGGGUGGGCGAUCCGUUCCUUGGCACAGCGCUGCAAGCAUCAUUACGCAGCGGUUUAGUUAUGCACACACCGAAGGCCGACAUCGUGCUUGGGCGUUUCAAUUACAUGGAUCAAUACAAUGAAUUUCGCAACCGCUCUGGUCGGGCCCCCGAUUACUACGUAGAGAAGCACCGCGAUACUUACUGGCGUGUGGAUGAGUACAUUCGAAGAGCGGAGAAUUACCUUCAAUCACAAGGCUUUUUCUUCCUUCCAACGCUAGAAUUUCCGUGGUACAAAGGAUGUCUUCCGCUACUUUCUUCUUACCAGAUACGUCUGCACUACGGUCGUCACCACCGUAGCUACGUGGAGAAGCUUAACCAGCUGAUUGAAGGUACACCAUUGUAUGGACUGAACCUCGAUGAGAUUAUCGUACGCAGCCAUGGGGAUGAAUCUCUUGCCGGAGUGUACAAUAGUGCUGCGCAGCACUAUAACCACUGUUUUUACUGGAAAUGCAUACAGCCGUAUGGAAGCAACAUCCCACCGGACCUUAAGGCUGCUGUGGAGCAACAGUACAGUUCGGUGGAGGCAUUUCAAAAAACGUUUACUGACGCGGGGCUUGGGCUGUUUGGAAGUGGUUGGGUGUAUUGGGUAUAUGACAAACGAGGGUGUUGUUUUGAUGUUAUCGCGUAUAGCAACGCUGGGUGUCCGCUCACGAACGCUGAUCACGUGCCGUUGUUGUGUGUCGAUGUAUGGGAGCAUGCAUACUACGUGGACUAUGAGAACGAUAGGGCUCAGUUCCUCUCCAAGUAUUUCGAUGUGGUAGACUGGCACUGGGCGGAACGGCACUGGAAGCGGGCGACUGGGCAAGACUACUACGAGAUGAAGUUCUGGUAA